ACCCGGCGAACUGGCGCGCAGCACGGUAACCGCAAACUUAAAGGCAGUUCGGUACUCGCACGUGGGCCUUCGUUCGUGUCGGAUGUGUGCGCGUAUGAAAAUAUCGCCAAUUGUAAAGGACACCGUCCGUUACCACGUACGUGUCAUCAACAGUGUUCGCGUUAAUAAUUAUCGUUCGUAAAUCGUAUCGGAUCUCAGGGAAUAUCUACUUCAAUCUAGUAUUAAUGAAUAAAAUUUCUUCGUAAACGCGAACGACUGUUGAACGUGUGCAACCGUUAAAUUUUAUAAUUUCGGUUUCAUAGUCAAUAGAUUAUUUUCACUGUUAGAAGGAUAUCCAUAUUGUUGGUGUGAAUCUCUUCUAUUUGGUGCGUUUGGGAUUAAAAAAAACAAGUUCAGUGCAUCGGAAGAGGACAGUGCUUGGAAAAAUUAGAGGUAACAUCCUACAUCAGAGAAUCAUCAUUUUUCUCUAAAUGGUGGCAAGCCUGUGACGUGAUUAACCGUUGACCAAAGUACCAGAGAAAGGUGUCAAAAUUGAGCAGGUCGUCCUCCCGUCCGGCGGUGAUCUCGCCAAAAUUUGGAGGAUGUUGAUGCCCGGUGCUGCUGGCCUCAGUGCCGUAGGCGCGGUGGGCGCCGUCGGGGCGCCAGGGCCGGACGAAUUGGUCUCGGGCCUUGGCGCUUUGGCGGGCACCACGCCCCAACAGAAAGACACCACAUGGACGAAACUUUUCGUCGGCGGUUUACCAUACCACACCACCGACAAGAGUCUCAGGGAACAUUUCAACGUGUACGGGGACAUCGAGGAGGCGGUCGUCAUUACCGACAGGCAGACCGGCAAAAGUAGAGGUUACGGUUUCGUGAUCAUGGGAGACAGGCCAGCGGCGGAGAGGGCGUGCAAAGACCCGAACCCCAUAAUCGACGGCCGCAAAGCAAACGUCAACUUGGCGAUUCUUGGAGCAAAGCCCAGGGGUAAUCUGCAAGCGACAUUCCCGUUCGCUGCUGGCAUUCGAGCUGGAUACCCCGCUGUUCUUCCCGGCCAAUAUGGGGUGCCACCAGGUUACGUGUACCAGUCACCAUACCUGGCGGCUGCCGCACCAGGUGGUUUGGUACCUCUUCCGGCCACGCAGUUGACCCACGCCGCGGCCAUGGCUGCGGCGUCGCAGUUCUACGAGUAUCAGAACGUUGCCGCGGCGGCCGCCACCUAUCCGGGGACGUCGUACAAUUUCGCCGAGGCCUAUCCUUAUACCAGCGCAGCCGCUGCUGGUAUGUGUUUGAAAAGUGUCCAGAGCAAGGACAGCAACGGGCUGAUACACCACCACCAGCAGCACAACGGCAGCAGCCCUGCGGUGCUGGCACACCAACGAUUGGAGAAAGCUCUCCUGCCGCCAUUUCUGCCGUCCGUGCUACGUAGCAACGCGAAUGCAGCGGCAGCGAGUUACGUGACACCGUACACGUAUGCAACGCUACCAGGUGCAGCGGCAGGAUUACCAGCAGCAGCGGCUGCAGCUGCAACAGCGGCAGGCGCAGCCUUCCCAGGACUACCGUAUCAAACGACGCCUCAGGAAGCAAGAUUGCAAUAGAAGUUGAAUGAAUUGCCGCGAGGUGGAGGUUCGGUGCACACCAAUUGUUCCGCCUGCGUUAAAAGGAGAAAAGAGAGAAAAGAGAAAAAGAAGGAAAAAAGAACACGCAAAACUUAAUCCUCGCCGCCAAACACGUAUAUAUAUAUAUGUAUAUGUAUAUAUGUAUACAUAUAUAUAUAUACGUGUUUAGUCUUCGCCUGUCUCUUCGCGUCGAUCCACUUCUUUUCCAAAGCUUCUUCCUUUCUCCGAGAGGGGGCAGAGUUACUGUUAGACGCGAUUCCAUUCCGCACGAGAGAGGAAGCCAUUGUUUCGAAAACGUUUUCGUAGCUUUCGUGGAGCAAGCUCAACCGAGUUCACGCGAGUUAAUUUUGGAAACGACGUACCGACCGAGAGACAGAGGAAACGAGGAGAAAGCUUCGUUGGAUACGGCCCCACGUCACUCAGGAUCGAUGGUUCGAUCGUUUCUUAACCUAACUUAACCUUUAAUCUUCCCCACUUUAAUUCUUCCUUUCCACGUUCUCCUUUAUAUAGGGCCAAAACUUGGCACGCUCGGCCAAUAUAUCUUCGAAGUAUACAUGACGAAUACGUAAAAUAAUUGUCGUUAGCGUACGUUUACGAUUAUUUAUAUAACCGAUGGAGCACGAUGGGCAAUAGAGGCUUUCAAUAGAACGAUUUAGAAAACGUCGGAUUCUUUGUACAUUUACUUAUGCAUCGAUCGCGCAUCAUUAAUAAAACUAUAAAAUUUCUAAUGUAUCAAUUAAGAUACGUUCGUGAGAACGAAGUGAAUUACUCGCUACAUUAGGUGGAAUCGAAAGACUGAUCCGUAUUCAGAAUUGAUAUUGUUUAAAAUAUUUUUUACGAGAGAAUAAUUGUUGAAUUUAUAUAUUGGUGAUAAGUCUUGGAAGAUGGAAUAAUAUACAUAUAUAUAUCUCUUCCAAUACCGACGAAUAAUUUUUAAUGUUUUUCAUGGAUUCAUGGAUCGUUAUUAUCAUUGCAAUUUUUUUUCUUUCUUUUUUUUUUUUUUUUACAGAAUAUUGAAACUUAAUUUCGAUGCUUUUACAGGAUAUCAUUUCUGAAUAUUGGUCGAAGACUAUUUCUUAAAUUUAAGUGUAUAGCUUGUUAGAUUCAAUUCGCCGAGAUACACGUUUUCCAUUUUUACAUGUAAGAAAUGUUCUUUCUACAGUUGACACGUAUGUUAAUAAUUCAAAGAUGAAAUUUCCACGAAGCUUUAAAUGAUAAUUUGUUAAAUAGAAAAGUACUUUUUUACUCGUUUUGAUAAGAAUUUUAUCGCGAAGAAUUGUAAUUUGUAUAAAAAUUCUUUAAUUUUUUUUAAUUAUUGUAAUAGAUUUCUUAUUAAUUUAUUCGAAAGGAAAAAAGGAAAGAAAAAAAUUUCAAGAAAAUAUUUCUAGUUUCGUGGAUUUGAUUUUUUAUCCGAAUAUAUCUUUUAAUCGCUUGGAUAAUUUUUUGAAUUUAUAUAUUAUCUACGAUAUUGUAAAUAACGCGAGUGCGUUACCGAUCAAACCGACGUUGCCUUAGAAUCGCGUGUCAGCGAGUGUCACCAAGUGUCUUAAGGAUGAUGCCUUUUUUUUUGUAUGAUUUAUAGAUGUUAUUUAAAUGAACACUGAGGACCAACGGACGAACGAAUCAAAUUUCAAGCUCUAACAAUAAUAAUAAUAAUAAUAUUCAAAAACAUUUUUGUAAAAGCACCAAAAUUUUGUUGAUUACUAAAAAAAAAAAAAAACAGUUGUUUCUUAAUAUAUAUAUAAAAUCGUUAAAAACUUGUAAAUAAGAAUAGUAAGAUAUAAUAUUAAUCAAUUUAUAACUCUAUUUCAUUCGUAAUUUUGAUCAUAUAUUUAUUAUCGCAUAGCGAGUAGUGUUUCAUAACCUAUAAUUUUUCCAAGUUCCAAUACGAUUGCUACGAUACGAUAAUGUUGUUAAUGUAAAUUCUAAAUACGGAUCAUUUCCCCUCCCCUCCCCCGAUAAUUAAUUAUAAUCUACACGCAGAGAGUAAGAAGAAGAGAGUUGCACGAUUGCAAAGAAUUCGUUCGUCCAAUCUUAAAGUGAUCAGGUGCCUUAAUUAGCGUGACCGAAUAAUUUUAAACGGUUAAAAACUAGUCAGUGAUUCGUUAGCGCGAAACUAUUUCUACGCUAACGCGUAUACAGGGGUGAAACUAAGAGAGAGAGAGAGAGAGAGAGAGAAAAAAGAAAGAAGGAGGUACGAGAUACGAUGUUGCGCGAUGAAACUGAAAAGAGAUAGAAACUAGGAAGGAAAGAAGGGAGACGGAAGAUCAGGCUAUGAUGUAUGAGGCUGUCUAGUCCUAAACCCUUCGAGGCCUUAGUAGAUGAGGUCAACUCGGUUCGUUAGAAUUUUAAGUAGAAAACUUAAUGUACGAGAGAGAGAGAGAGAAAGAGAGAGAGAGAACGAGAACGAGAUGGAGACGGAGAUGGAAACCAAAAGUCUUGUAAAAAGUUAGCAAAAAAACAAUUGCUAUUAGGAAGGCUUAGUGUUAGAUAUUAAUUAUUACGUAAUCGUUCGAUUAAGAUAAUAGGAAAAUAAAUUAAUACUAUUGAUAUUA